AGUACUUCGAAGCUCAGUCGUUCGGUGCUAGUUUGUAACUUGAAACAAAAACUCAACAACAAAUAAAUAACAAAAUAUAGACGCAAAACAAGUUAUCAUUUUAAUCACACUUAUUAACGAUGAUUGAAAGAAUAUUUCUUAACUUAGCAUUAUUCACAGUCAUUGCAUUAGCGAUUUGCAAUGGGAAAAGUAUAAGUUCCAAUUCAAACGAAGAAGAAGCAAAAGUCUUUCUUAAAGAAACAAGUGAUGAAUUGUUUAAGUUUUUCGAUCAAGUCGGUGAUAGUUACUAUCGUGAUCAUGACAAUUCCUACGAUCAACGUGAAUCGUAUAAAAAUUAUACCAUAGUUUAUACGAAAAUCUUCGAAGAUGCUCAAAAAUUCGACUAUAAAAACUUCAAAGAUCCAGAAUUAAAGUUUGCUUUCGAAACAUUGAUUAAAGAAGCUGACUUGAAAAUUGUUGGAGAUCAAUUUUUAGAAAUACUUGAUAGUGUUGAAGAAAUGAAGAAACUGGAGGAUGAAGAGAUCAUUCCUGACUACCACGACAAGACAAACAAACUGGCAUUUGAUCCUGAUGUUGCUAGUAUUAUGGAAUCAACUGAUGAUCCAGAAGAAUUGCAACACUAUUGGAGUGAAUGGAGGAAGCUGAUUGGUGAAAAGGCUGCAGCAGACCUUGAUUUAACUGUGGAGGCAUGUAAGGCAGCGGCUGAGAAAACUGGAAAAACACCUUUGGAGUUUUGGAUGCGGGGAUACAAUCUCACUGAUAUGGAGAGUUUAAUGAACGAAGUUAGGCCCCUUUAUUCGGAACUCCAUGCUUUUAUUCGGAAUCUAGUUGGAAAAAAAUACGGUGAAUCUUAUAUCACCCCCGAAGGACUACUUCCUAUUCACCUCUAUGAACAAAUUCAUGAUCACCUUGCCUCAAACAAUAGUAUCAUUGAAGAAAUGUUCCCUUAUGACGAACUUCCUGACGUCGAAAUAGACGAAUUUGAAGCUACGCCUCUAGUUAAAAUUGUUGAAGAAAUGUUUGUAGAUAUGGGCUUUGAGAAAUUCCCAGAAAAAUUGUGGGGAGAUCGCAUUAUAGAAUCUAACAACGAAAAAUGCUCUGUCAGUUCUUGGCCUUGGACUACAAAUAUAUUUUUGGAAUAUUGUGAGGAAAUGGACUACUCUGGGUUUAUAACUCUUUACGAUUCUAUGGCAUACAUCCUUUAUGCAAAGGAAAUGACUGGUCUUCCAGCAUAUUAUUUCAAUCAUCCAAAUCAUUUGGGUACAGCAAUUGCGUAUGCAUUGCAUUUAUCAGCGUCAACUACUAGCAAUCUGAAAUCAAUUGGAAUGAUCAAAGAUAUGAUAAAUGAUAAAGUUGAAAUGAAUCGGUUAGCAAGAAGUGGUAUUUUAGCGUUACUAAACCUUCCUCAAGACUUCGUUCACUCCAAAGUUAUGGCUGAUUUGUUGUCAGGAAAUAUAACUAAGGCCGAACUCAAUGACCACUAUUGGAAGCUAAUGGAGAAAUAUGCCGGGGUAAGUCCUCCAAAGGGCCAUCACACUGAUACUUUUGAUUUACCGCUGUACUUUUACGAUGAAAUAAGAGAGAAUGACAUGACAAUUGAUUUUACAAGUCAAAUUAUGGCUUUCCAAAUUUAUGAAAAACUAUGCGAACUUGCUGGGAAAUAUCCAAAGGAGCCAUUGCAUUUGUGUGAUUUGAAUGGAAGCAAGGAAGUUGGAAACGCUUUGAAAAAAACGAUGAAAUUGGGAUAUUCAAAACCAUUUUAUGUCGUCUAUGGAACACUCUUCCCUGAAAAUCCAACAGUGCAAGCCAAUGGUAUCUUGGAUUUCUACAAACCUUUGAAGAAACUAUUGGAGGAGAAGAACAAAGAAGCCAAUAUAAAGGCUGGAUGGAAAAGUUCUGAUUGAGUUGUAAGCACACCACCCACACUGAUAACUUCCCAACCCAUCUGUGAAUUUGUCUUGCUGAAAAGUUUGGAGGUUUUUGUGUUGGGUUAGAAAAGUUGUCAAUUAAUUUAUUCUUACAAAUUUUAAAAUAAUCAACAAUAUUUUUCAUAUUAAGAAAUAGUUUAGUUUGAAAACCAA